UAGCGGGCUCACACUGCGUGCGUCCAUGCCAAACACCUCAGUCUCACAGAGGACCACAACUCGACGGACACAGUUCAUACACUUUAGAACCCACAUUCGACAACCUCACUCUGCGAUCCUCCAAAAUACCUGAAUUUUUCAAAAUGCCACAAAUCAUCAUCACCUACCCAGCCCUCCAUAUGCCACACGCGAGUCCCGCGCCCUCCUUCCCCGACUACCCCACACUCCACAAAUGUCCAAUGUACAUCGCUCAAUUCAUCGACCCCUUGAUCCGUUCCUGGAAUCUGGGUCCUGGCUUCUGCACACGCGACAACUUGUUUGGAGUAAGCUAUGUGAUUGUUCUUGGCGUAAACUACAUUCUCGCUAUCAUGGCUUUCUUUAUGGUCGUUGCUGUGCUGAGGAGGAUGAUGUGCUGUAGGUGUAGGGGGAGGGAUGGGAAGAGGAGAGAAGAUAUGAGCGGAGAUGCAAGAGGUAUAGAUCGAGCAGAACGGGGAGAGGGGGGUUGGAUGGGCAAGCAGAUCAAAGCUUUUCAACCGAUCUUGAGUCCGGUGAGGGAGAAGGAGAAGAUGUGAUGCUGAGGGAGUACGAAAGCGAGAAGCAUCCUGUUUGUGGUACAAGCAAUCGCGAAAUGGCUCCUUGAUCUCGAUACCCCAGCGCCUGGUACGAUCAGCUCUAUGCGGAAGUUUUGGAAUAUCCGCAUAUCAGAAGCGGAGCUGGAGCCAAUGUUACUAAAUCUUGAGCGGGCUUGCCGUGCAUUGCGGGCCAAAAGCUAGCGAAGACAUAUCCACGUCUUCAAGUCGGAUUCGUGCAC